AUGGCGGAGCCUCGGAGCAUCCCCGUGGCCCGCUCUUCAGGGAGCGUUGAUGAACCACGCGAUGAAAUGCACAGAUGCGAAGAGUUGCUCCUUGGGCUAAGCUCUGACAGUUGCGUGCACGCACGUGACUGGAACCCAGGCUGGAUGAAGGGCGCCCCGCGCCCAGAACGCCCCUCGCCCUCUGUCGCUGAACUCUGCGCCGAGGGAUCAGGAUCUAAAGAAUUCAAGAUGAAAACAUCUCUCUUUUUCACUCAUUUUUUGUGGACCAAGCCACCCGACCCCUGGUCAUCACUCGAGCACUCUAGUCUUGUUGGAGGAGAGCAGAUUAGUGCCAUUGGAAGGGGCAUAUGUGUAUUGCUGGGUAUUUCCCUGGAGGAUACGCAGAAGGAACUGGAGCACAUGGUCCGAAAGAUUCUAAACCUGCGUGUGUUUGAGGAUGAGAGCGGGAAGCACUGGUCUAAGAGUGUGAUGGACAAACAGUACGAGAUUCUGUGUGUCAGCCAGUUUACCCUCCAGUGUGUCCUGAAGGGAAACAAGCCUGAUUUCCACCUAGCAAUGCCCACGGAGCAGGCAGAGGGCUUUUACAACAGCUUCCUGGAGCAGCUGCGUAAAACAUACAGGCCGGAGCUUAUCAAAGAUGGCAAGUUUGGGGCCUACAUGCAGGUGCACAUUCAGAAUGAUGGGCCUGUGACCAUAGAGCUGGAAUCGCCAGCACCCGGCACUGCUACCUCUGACCCAAAGCAGCUGUCAAAGCUUGAAAAACAGCAGCAGAGAAAAGAAAAGACCAGAGCUAAGGGACCUUCUGAAUCAAGCAAGGAAAGAAACACUCCCCGAAAAGAAGACCGCAGUGCCAGCAGCGGGGCGGAGGGUGACGUGUCCUCUGAACGGGAGCCGUAGCUCAGGAGGCAGAAUUCAGUGUGUUAUCAUUGGGCAGAACUGGACCCUGAAAAAUUCAAGAUGCUAAGCACCUACACUACUUUAAGAAUUUGGAACUGAAACAUGAAGAGGAAGACAGAAAUAAGAAGUUGGGAACCUGAAUGGCUCUGCAAAAAACACCAAAGGACCGUUUUGUCAUUUUCUGUUGUUGCUGUGUGGAAUGAGGCAGUGGGCACUGCCGGUGGCUCGGGGGGUGGGUGCGCACGUGGUAGAAGGCAUGCACUUGUGCCCCCACAGAAAGGCUGUGUUGGUUUCUGCCACAUCUUGGCUUGCUUUUGAAACAGGCUGGCCUAGCGUCAUUUGUCAUCAAGUCCACUGUGGUGUAUUCUGCGUGUCCAUGGCAGGGGUUCUCCAACACACUCACACUGUCCAUGUUCUUUUUAUUGCUGAUUCAUAAGCCAGAGCCCUUGUUGAAGUGUCAAGAGAGCAAUCAUCAGUGAUAAUGUAUUGUGUGAGACCUUUGCAUCUUGUAAAUUUUCUCUUUUUUCUAAAGAUAAAUAAUAAUAAAAUCCUAAAUCUCAACAAACCACUUUAUUAUCAAACA